CCUGGCUGUCUGUAAGUCUGAGCCGAUAGGAAGCUGUAGGCACAGGGUCACAUACUAGAAAGCCAUAACAAGUACCUGCCUUACAGGGAAGUGGAUAGAACAUGAAAGGACACGUCUAAAAGGGGGUUGAGAAAAAAAGAAGAAGAAUGAUCAGCACACAGGAAGUAGGAAAUGAGAUACAGAAAAGGUUUGAGUCUGACAAGCCGGAGAGGUAAAGUACAGAUGAGAGAGCGUGCGAGGUGUGUGUGUGUGUAUGUGUGAGAGAGAGAAAGAGAGAGUGUGUGUAUGUGUGUGUGUGUGUGCAUGGGGGAAAUACAAACCUUUUUCUAUGAAGCAAGGAUAAUGUCACUGAAGAUAAAAAACUGGGAUUUUAGCACCUUCAAAGCUGACACAGCCAGAAUCACGCGGUCAAAGAGCGUGAUGCCCGGGGAAAGCAGCCCUGGGUCGGGCUCGGCCGGCUCCAGUGGCACCCUGGAGAGGCCUGUGAAGGCUGGCUGGCUGAAGAAACAGCAGAGGUCCAUCGUGAAGAACUGGCAGCAGCGCUACUUUGUCCUGAGGGGGACCACCUUGACCUACCAGAAGGACGAUAAGGAGAGCCCAGUCCAGGGAGUGAUCCAGCUGAGGUUCAGUAAAGUCAACGAGCUCCCGCUGAACUCAGACGACCCAGGAAAGUUCCUGUUUGAGAUAAUACCACGCAGCAGUGGGGACCGUGAGCGCUGUCCGUACGUUCUCAUGGCAACCUCCCAGACGGAGAUGGAGGAGUGGGUCCGCUCUCUGCGACGGGUCAUCGGAGUACCAACUAGUGGAGUGUUUGGGAAGAGUCUUGGCGACACGCUGGCGUACGAGCAGAGAUUCGGCUCUCACAUGGUGCCCAUCCUGGCGCAGAAGUGUGCAGAGUACAUCAGAGAGCACGGCCUGAGCGAGGAGGGAAUCUUCCGGCUUCCCGGACAGGACAACUCCGUCAAACAGUUCAGGGACGCCUUCGACGCAGGAGAGAGGCCCAGCUUCCCCAGUGACACAGACGUCCACACGGUGGCGUCGUUAUUCAAGCUGUACCUGAGAGAGCUUCCAGAGCCGGUGGUGCCGUGGACCCAGUACCAAGACUUCCUGGAUAGCAGUCGUUUUGUAGAUCCGAACAGUGCAACAGGUCGCGAUAAGCUGGAGAGGCAGAUCUCUCUCCUUCCCAGAGAGAAUUACAACCUCCUCAGCUACAUCUGCAGGUUUCUGUACGAGGUGCAGCUGAACUCCAAGGUGAACAAGAUGAGCGUGGAGAACCUGGCCACGGUUAUUGGGAUCAACCUCCUGAAGCCUCAGGUGGAGGACCCCAUCACCAUGAUGAAAGGCACUCCCCAGAUCCAGAAGCUGAUGACUGUGAUGAUCCGGCAGCACGAAGCUCUGUUUCCUCCCUCCAAAGACGUGGUUCCCCCUCCGCCCCGCAAGAAGAACCCCAGCAAGAACACUGCUCCCCGCAGCUUUGUAGGCUGGGAGUCUGCUGAGUGUGAGGCGUCCCUGUCUGAGUCGCCAGAGGAGGAGGAGGACUCGCCCCCCCCGGGGGACCAGCAGGGCUUCCCAACCUCUCCUCUGGACACCCUCCAGCCCCUGCCUUCCUCCGGGCCGGACCCCUGGUCUGGGAGCCCCCGCAAGCGCACCCACACCCUCCCCAGCUUCAACUGCCCCCUGGCAGGGGUGCCCCGGAGGACAGAGGCCCUAAACCGCUGGAGCAAGAUCCAGGAAGUGUGUGAGGAGAAGGGGGAGAAGACCCUGUCAGAGGACAUCUUUAAGAUCCUGGACCUCCACAGGGGCUCCCUGUUUGGGGGGGAUCAGACGUGCAGGACCCCCAAAGAAGAGGGCGACAGAACCGAAGCCAGGAAAGGAAGUGAUGUCAUGGUUGCCCCCGACGAUGCCUUCCAAGUGAGCAGUGACGCCCAAGCUCCAUCCCGACAGCAAAGGCCCGCGCUCCUGUCAGUACCAGUGUUAAUGCCCAGGACAGACAGCAAUGUUGACCACCAGACAGACAGCCAGAACAACACAGCUCAACUCAACAGUCUUCAGAGGAAGAACGCGGAGCUGAGCGCCACCGUGGCGGAGCUCCAGACGGCCUUGGAGGCCGAGCGUCAGCGAGCAGCUGCCCUGGAGCUCCGCUUGAGGAGCGCGGAGGUCGGCCGGGACGAGGCCCAGAGACGCACCCUGGAGCUGGACAGAGAGGUCGAGAGACUACGGGCCGGAGAACCACAAGCUCCCACAUAGAGCCCGAUCACCCAGCCGUCCCAGAGGGAGCUCUGAUGAUCUCUUCACCACGCAUCUCUUCGCCGCGGGCUGAGUGUCGAUGCACGCUGUCCUCAUUCAUCUACGCUCAUUCCAAUGGUCCCUCUUUCGAAAUCAGAUCCAGGGGUCUGGAGAUUGGGUUGCCAGUCGAUGUGUUUGUUAGACAAGAGAUUCUUAAAGCCGAUCACCUGGUGGUAUUAUUGUAAGCUUCACAUUUGAUGAAUUGCCUGUCUCGUUGCUGUUGUGGAUCAAAGGAAGUAUUGUACGAGUAAAAGAGAAAGAAAGGAUGAAUGUGUUUGGUUUGACAUUUGAUGAAGAGUUGGUAACCAUGCAUAUGUUAAUGGUGAGCUCAGGUCAUUGCUCCAUGGAGCAAGCGUAGAUAGAAAUAUUUCAAUUUGUUUAGAACAGUCACACUGUGAUGAGCAGUUUCUGUUUUGGAAUGGCAUACUGAUUCGCUCAUUUACCGUGGUCAAUAUUAUGUGUGAAAUUAAGUAAUUCAAUGAAAUAAACAACUCUUGAUUGA